AUGACAGAAUACCCGUAUCCCCCGCAAGCAUAUGCCAACGGCUAUCCUCCACCAUCACGAACUGCCACGACCACCGCUACCGCUCCUGCACCUUAUCCCGCCCCGCCUUCAACUGCUGCUUCGUCCAACGGCACUGCCGCAAAGAGACAGAGGAACCAACCCGUCGAUUGGAAUGAAUACUUUGGCGGCAAGCCUCCCAAAGAGAUCAUAGUCAUUGACGAUGACGACGAGGAUGAAGCGCCCGCUACCAACCAGACCAACCAGACAUACCACAACCCUCCCGUAGCCUCUGCCAGCACGAGCCAACAGCACAUGGACAAGCGCAGAAAGACAACCAACUAUGACGCUGCCUAUCACCACGCCGAAUACUCAAAUACUCACACGCCGUACUAUGACGCCGCCUCGACGGACCAGAACCCGACAUCAUACAAGACAUCGGCCGCUACGUCUCUGGCUUCACAACCAAGCGCGAGUGCUUACGCCGAGGAUGCCGCUACUGGCCAGAAGCGCAAGAGAACGACCCGCCAGGGCGCUGCCGACCAAAAGAAGCGUGAAGUCAAUGCCCGUCCCGAUCCAUUCGCCGAGUAUGUUCCCCCGCCCAAGCCGCCACUCAAGGCCAAGGAUGUCUUUGUACCGCUGGUGCCAGACAGAACGGCCAAGCGUGACCAAAAGGUUGACGAUGAUGAUGGACAUUAUAUUGUUCACGACCACGCCGACUUGACCGAGCGAUACUCGAUCGUAAAGCUCCUCGGCCAGGGCACCUUUGGCAAGGUGGUGCAAGCGUACGACCGAAGGAGAAACGCCGACGUCGCCAUCAAAAUCAUCCGCUCUGUGCAGAAAUACCGCGAUGCUAGCCGCAUCGAGUUGAGGGUCUUGUCGACACUGGCAUGCAAUGACAAGCACAACCGCAACAAGUGUAUCCACCUGCGAGACACGUUUGACUUCCGCAACCACAUCUGCAUCGUCACUGACCUCUUGGGCCAGAGUGUCUUUGACUUCCUCAAGAGUAACUCUUUUGUGCCUUUCCCCAGUACUCACAUUCAGCAAUUUGCCCGCCAGCUAUUUACCAGCGUCGCCUUUUUGCACGAUCUCAACCUCAUCCACACCGAUCUCAAACCCGAGAACAUCCUUCUUGUACAAAACCACUACCAGACCUUCACAUACAACCGCAACAUCCCCUCGUCAUCAAACACAAAUCCACGCUCGGCUAAGUUCCGCAGGGUGCUGCUUGACCCCGAGAUAAGACUUAUUGACUUUGGCUCGGCCACCUUUGAUGACGAGUACCACUCAUCCGUCGUCUCGACGCGACACUACCGCGCUCCCGAGAUCAUCCUCAACCUUGGGUGGAGCUUCCCUUGCGACAUUUGGAGCAUAGGCUGCAUUCUUGUCGAGUUCUUCACCGGCGACGCCCUGUUCCAGACGCACGAUAACUUGGAGCAUCUGGCAAUGAUGGAGGCCGUGUGCAACACCCCUAUUGACAAGGCCCUCGUGCGCUUGGUCACUGCUGGCCGUGGCAGUAACAAGAACUCUGCUGCAGCCUACUUCAGGCGUCAGAUCCUCGACUACCCACAAAGCGACACCCCUCGCUCGUCGCGCAAGUUUGUCAAGGCGAUGAAACCUCUUCAUGAAAUCAUCCCCGCUCACAACGAAUUCAACCGCCAAUUUCUUGAUCUGCUGAAGAAGAUCUUUGUCUAUGACCCGAAGAAGCGUAUCACUGCACAUCAAGCCCUGCAACAUGAAUGGUUCAAGGAGCACUAUGAAGACGACGGCACCGAAGCCGAGAAGAUCAAAAUCGAGAGACAACGUGCUGCUCGCCUCGACGCCCAACAACGAAGCCAACAACCCGAACCUCAGGUCGGCCAGGUCAAUCGGUGA